AGUAAAACAUAACCUAAGUUGCGCGCUAAUUGUUCAUCACGCCUGUUCUGCUUCUGCCCAGCUCCUAAUUUCAAGUUUUAUCAGUGAACUCUCGAAUUUUAAAUCUUGAGUCUCUAAUUUAAUUGAUAUUAUGGCAGGCUCUGCCUCCAAAACCUUCUUACUCAUUGGGAAAUGCAUUCCCACCUCUGUAGAAAGAGCAGUCUCCAAAGUCCGUGUUCGAAGGAUGGAGUUGGACACAAACUUGAAUUGCUACUUCAAAAAAGAUGAGUUUUACUAUGCCCAUGAUCCUGAAAAAGUGGCCAAAACCGGAGAUGUUGUUCUUAUUCAAGAAUUACCAGAGAAACUCACAACCAUAAUUACUCAUAAGCUGCUAAACGUUGUCUAUAAGUGUGGAGAUGUUCAAGAUCCAAUCACCGGUAAAAAUGUUGCUGGAGUUGAUCGAGGAAUCGUCAAAUUUCGGGAUCAAAUCGAAAAAGAAGAUGAACUUUAUGGAAAGAAUCCCAAUCGGUUCGAAUACGACAAAGCUCCUCCCCGUGGCUGGCAGGAGGACAAGAAAGACUUCUCUCAUAAGAAGAGUUAUCGCAAAUACAACGAGGAUGGAAAACAUCAGCCUUAUGCUAUUCCAUAAUUUUUCUGCUUGUCGCUUGUGUUUAAUUUUCUUUAUCUAGUUCUCAGUUUUGGUUAGUCAACCUUCAAACUUUGUCAUCGUUUCUUGAUAGUCUUCUCGACUCCAUUAGUUAUUGCUUUCUUUCAACCAGUGAGCAUUGCUUUAGUGUUUGAAGAUAUUCAGUCAGUCUAUUUCUCUUUUGUACAUUUUGUUAAUAAAUUUUUGGCUUUUAAGUAA